UAUCCGCUUCAAAAAUCUCUCUCCGUCGUGAACAAAACCAAAACCUCUCAAAAAAAUCUCAGCCGGAGAUGAUUUUCCGGCGAUUUCUUCCGUCGUACAGGCUUCGUUUCUCGGCUUCUCGGAGUUUCCGAUCAGACGCGGCGCUCGGAGCCAUAUCCAACGCGCUUGAAGAGAAAGUCCCAAACUUGGUGCUAUACAAUUACCCUUCCUUCUCCGGCGCUUACUCAGCUCUCUUCGCUCAUCUCUACCACUAUCGCCUCCGCACUCCCUCUCUCAUCUUGCCCUUCUCUUCCGUCGUACCCUUUAGUGCCAAAGAUCUCUCCUUGGAAGGGUUCGAGAGGUGUUACCUCCUCGAUUUCAUUCCUCUUAAAGACUUCGCCGACACAAGAGAUUGCGAGAUCAUAUGUUUUGAUCAUCGAAAGUCAGCAGCUUCGAAGCUGGGCUCAGUCAAGAAGAGGUUUAAGGUUAAUGUGGAUGUUUACAAGAGUAGUUCGAAGGCUGUGUAUGAAUACUUCUCAAGUAAACUCGCUUCUUCAGAGGGGGAACCUAUCAGUUUGUUAGAUGAUGGAGACAGAACUCGAGUUGAAUCAGUUCUUGAUUACAUUGAAGAUAUUGAUCUUAGACGAUGGAGAUUACCAGAUAUCAAGGCUUUCAGCUUCGGACUUAAGGAGUGGCGUUCAAAGGUUAACUGCAUCACGAAUCCGCACAUGUACGAACAGUUGUUGAGGAUGAGUUCAGAGGACCUCAUUGCUAACGGGAACUCGUAUUUUUCAUCCCGGCUUGUUGAUGCAAAGAGAGUGCUGAAGCAGAGUAAAGCUUUCAAGAUCAGAUUGGGAAGAGGGUUUUAUGGAGAAUGCAUGGGAAUGCGUGCAGAUGGUAACCAUGAACUUAGCGAUGAGCUAGGCAAGCUACUUAGUCUACAAAGUGCUGCAGCUGGUUUGAGGCCAAUAGGAGCUGUUACAUUCAUGCAACGGAAUAAUCUCAAAAUGUGUUUGAGAAGUACUGACGAUACAACAGAUACAUCUGAAGUUGCUAAGGCUUAUGGUGGAGGUGGAACUUCAUGUUCAAGCUCGUUCAUCAUAAGAAUGGAUGAAUAUAAUGAAUGGACUGCAAAGAAUCCAACAUGAGAGAGAACACACACUCAGUCGUCAGCGAGACCAAUCUCAAAGCUCGUGUCUCUGACCUUUUCGCGCAAAGGGCGGAUCAAGUUAUAAAUAGCCGAAGAAGGAGAGAAGAACUUUGGAGUCCUUUAACCGGUUUUGUUCGUUUAAGAGUAGCCUAAACCGAACUUGCCUUUCGAUUCAGUUUUCUGGUAUGAUUACGGUUUUGUUUCGUCUUCUUAAUUUAACUGCUCGAUAUAUCAAACGAUGUCGUUUCAUUAAGCUCGAUUAAGGGUAGCCUAAGGUCGGUUCAGUUUUUGGUUAUGAUUACGGUUUUGUUUCGUCUUCUUAAUUCAACUACUUGAUAUGUCAAACACUGUCGUUUCAUAAAGCUCUGUAAAGGUUUUGUAACCUAAACCGACCUUGCAUUUCGGUUCAGUUUUUGGUUAUGAUUACGGUUUUGUUUCGUCCUUUUAUCUCAUUCUCAAACUACUCAAUAUGGCUAAACGAUGUCGUUUCGUAAGCUUCGUGUACAUUUUUGUAACCGAUAAUUUUUAUCAUCGUCGACGUCGAGAAGCAUCACCGCCUAGAACCUUCUCUCUUUCUCUAUAAACAGAAACUUUCGUACCUUCAAAAACCCUAAACCCUUUAUCGGACUAAUAAGGAUAAUCAUCGCACCAUUUCGCAUCUUCCUAACCGAAUCUAUCGCAUCGUGAACUUCAAAACCAUGGCUACCGCCGCUCUCCUCCGCUCGAUUCGACGCCGCGAAGUCGCUUCCACUCCUUUCUCAGCUUUCAAAUGCCUUUGGAGCACCGGGAAAGCAUCAUCGAACGGCUCUUAUCAUGCUCAGAAUUGGAGAAGCUUCUCAAGAGCAUUUAGCUCAAAGCCUGCGGGGAAUGACGUCAUCGGUAUCGACUUGGGUACAACUAACUCCUGCGUUGCAGUCAUGGAGGGGAAGAAUCCGAAAGUCAUUGAGAAUGCUGAAGGUGCACGAACCACGCCAUCAGUCGUAGCAUUCAACCCCAAGGGAGAGCUUCUCGUCGGCACACCAGCCAAGCGCCAAGCCGUGACCAAUCCAACGAACACGCUCUUCGGAACAAAGCGUCUGAUCGGGAGAAAAUUCGACGAUCCGCAAACGCAGAAGGAAAUGAAAAUGGUACCUUACAGGAUCGUGCGUGCGCCUAACGGCGACGCGUGGGUUGAAGCCAACGGUCAGCAGUAUUCUCCAUAACAUAAAUUUGAGAGCGUUUAUGUUUGAGUUGAUGGCCUGGGGUGAAAGGUUCAUCACAGAACAUGCAGAGGCCUUUUGAGCGUCUAUCCUGCAUUUCUUGGUAGGAGUAUUUCCUUGGAGGUUUAUCAGGGUUGUUCCGAGGGAUAAAGUUUGGUUUUUGGGUAUCUGUGGCUUCGUUGGGGGUUGUGGGUGGGGUGUUUUUGUGGAAAGGGCGUUGAUAUGGAUUGAAGGGAGCUCGGGUUUUUUGUGGUAUGUGGGACAGGGACGAUUCAUGGAGGGAAGCUAUCUUAGCAGCGCUUGCUAUAGAGGUAACUUCAAACUGUCUGGUGUGUAGGGAAAGGUGGGGGUUCAUGUUGGCUAAAAAGAUGCUGAGAGCGUGAGCUUCAGGUAGCACCAAUCUCAUCCGAGCAGUCUCGAACUUAUCGAGGAAUGUGAUCACUGAGUCAGAUCCUUGUUUGAGCGCAACGAGCUCAGCGAGAGGAUCAUCGAACAACUUGCUAAAACGAGCAGAGAUCUCAACAAUAUAUUCUGUCCAAGAGGGGAACAAGCCAUACCGAGUGCUCAUGUAGUUGUGGUGCCAUUUAGUGGCCUUGCCGGUGAGGUGCAUAGCAGCCAAUCGGACUUUGAGCUCCGGGGGAGUCCCGUCGAUAUCGAAGAACUGCUCACAUUUGGACAACCAGUCACGUAGCUCCGUACCGUCAAAAGCGGGGAAGAUAAUCUUCGAGAGACGUGAGGUGAGGCGACCGUAGAUGCCUUGUUGGUGGUAGUCAGUCAGAUCUCCGCGGCGUGGGUAACCGUUCAGAUCUGGAGGGUCUGGUGGGCGGGAAGGGGUGUGGUUGAUGGGUGUUGGUGGGUGGGAAGGGGUGUGGUUGAUGGGUGUUGGUGGGUGGGAAGGUCCGGGGUCCAUCGGAGCUUUUCCAGGUGCUUAAAGAUGAUUACCGUUGAACAUCAUUGCUUCAAGCCUGUCGAAGCGAGCGUUGAGAGAGUCGUUCUGAGAUUUGACCUCAGCAGCCAAGACUUCGUGGAGUGACCGGAUCUCAUCGACGUGUUCAGUCAAGGAGCGUUCUUGGAGACGAGUUUCCACCAUUGCUGCGCCGAGGAUCGAGUGCUCUGAUACCAAUGGGACAGUGUGAAGGUGUGUGAGAGAUAGAUCCAAACUAGGAGUUAACCGAUAACUCUAAGAAUGGUGAAGCUAGCCUAGAAGGAGAUUACUGAGGAAGAAGAAUCACCUCGAAGGGGAAGAGUACAAAUACUAAAGUUCGAUGGUCACACUAACGGUCCAAACAAUGACCUGUCAAUGAUGAUUAGAAAGCAUAAAGCAAAAGCAUAAAGCAAAGCAUAUCUAAUGAAUAUGCUUUUGUGAUAAGGUUGGCGAGUGUGACUCAGCCUGUGACAAAGAGACGGCGGAAGCUUAUCUGGGGAAGUCUGUUAAGAAAGCUGUUGUGACGGUUCCGGCUUACUUUAAUGAUGCUCAGAGACAGGCUA